AUGAGUGGUGUGCACAAGACAGAAACAACCCCCAUAAUGUUUCGAAUGCUCAAACCUUGGAUGGAAACAUUCUCGUCAAUCUUGUUAGACCCGGUGCCAUCUGAAGAUCGUGAUGAUUGGAGCAUGAGGAAGAAGGUGUUAAAGUGUUUGAAUCAGUUCAUUCAGAUCUUCCCCACCAUUACAGAAAUUCAUUUUGCAAAAUCUGAGUUUGCAGUAUAUCUGCUGCCGUUGUGGGAAACAUUUAUCUCAACGUUGGAAGUUUAUGAGUGCUCAGCGAUUGAAGGCGUUGAAUAUUAUGAUGACGAUCCGUACGCUUCUUCUUUUGAUGGUGUGGAGGAUAGUCUCGAGUCCCUUGUUAACCAGUUAUUUGAACUUUUAGUGACUGCUACUGGAAGCCCGAGGUUUGUGAAGGUUAUUAUGAACAAAUUCAAUUUAUAUGGGUUAGUCUACUACACUAUUGGUUUCCUUCAAAUGACGGACAAACAGGUUGAAUCCUGGUUACAAGAUGCUAACAAGUAUGUUGCUGAAGAGGAUAACAAUACUUACAGUUGUCGUGUAUCCGGUGCACUUCUGCUGGAAGAUCUAAUAUCUAACUGUGGGACCGAAGGCAUCAAAGCAGUGAUCGAGUCUGUAAUAACGCGAAGAAAUGAGUCCCAACAGGCGAAAGAUACUGGCUCUCGUGGUUGGUGGAAAUUAAGGGAGGCUGCCCUGUAUGCUUUGGCUGCUUUGGCUUCUGAAAAAUUGUUGCUUGAUGACAUAGAGGUUUCUGGUUCCACUGUUGGAGAUAUGCUACGGAAAAUUUUAAUUGAGGACAUGGCAGCAGGCUUCCAUGACUACCCCUUUCUUUGUGCCCGCUUAUUUUUGUCUGUUGCAAGAUUUUCUUUCAUGAUGAACAACCAAGUAAGAGAUGACUUCGUACGUGCUGCUGUUGAGACAGUUGCUGUUAAGACAGUUGGAAUGGAUGUACCUCCACUAGUUAAAUUUGGUGCUUGUCGAGCUUUAUCUCAGCUUUUACCAGAUGCCACCACCGGAUGUGUUCAACAGGACUUAUUAUUGUCACUUAUAGAUCUUCUGAAAAAUGCCUCUGAUGGAACUAUGCAUUUAGUACUUGCUACUCUGCAAGCAGCUGUCGCAGCUGGUCAUGAAGCUACAGCCUCAAUAGAGCCAAAUUUAUCUAGUAUCAUGCUCAACAUGUGGGAUUCCCAUGUUUGUGACCCGUUCAUCAGUAUAGAUGCUCUAAAAGUUUUGGAGGCCAUAAUAAAGGUCACUGGGUGCACUCGUUCGCUGUUUUUCAUAGUUUUCCCCUACAUCGAGCCAAUCCUCAAUAGUCCUCAAAUAGAACGCGAUGGUUUAGUUGCAGGUUCUUUAGAUCUUGUCACAAUGCUGAUAAAGAACGCCCCUGUUGAAGUGGUAAAAGCACUCUUUCAAGUUUCAUUUGAUCCUGUCGUGAUAAUAGUUCUCCAGAGUACUGACUAUAGAAAAAUGAAGAAUGCAACCCAAUGCUUAGCUACACUUGUGUCUGUUUGGAAACAAGAUAUGCUUUCUUGGUCUGGGGAAAUUCAAGGAGCCUACCAAAUUAAAGUGACAACUACUGCUUUGGCUUUGCUGCUUUUGACUCGACAUGUUGAAUUGGGGAACAUUAAUGUUAAAGGCCAUCUUAUCAAGUCUGACACAGGCAUAACGACCCGCUCUAAAGCCAAGAAAUUACCAGAUCAAUGGACAGUUGUGCCGCUUCCUACUAAGAUUCUGGCUAUACUAGCGGACACUUUACUAGAAAUCCAAGAACAAGUAGAUGGGGAUAAUGAGGAGGAUAGCGAUAGCAACUGUGAAGAAGUUGAGAGUGAAGAUAAUGAUUUCUUAUCUUCUUCUGCUAAAUCCGCAUUACAUGUUAGACCUACUUAUGAAUAUCUUGAUGCCAUGGCGAAGGCUUUUAAUGAGGACCAAGAAGAUGACUUUGAAGAUGAACUUUUUAGUGGUGGGGAUCCUCUAAAUGAGAUCAAUUUAGCGAACAUUCUUUUCGAAUCCCUGCAAAAAUUCCUGGAGGGCGACAAACCAUGUUUUGAACAUCUAUUUCAGAGCCUCACAAAGCCUCAACAAGAAGCUAUUGAAUUGGUUUUAAGACGAUGGGCAGUGUGA